GCUACCACGUGAAGUUUAGUUGCUAGCGGACAGAGCUGGACAGAAAGAGCAUUUAAAACUUUGGUAGUUUUCCUUCAACAUUCGAAUUACUUUGCUAUCUUUUUCGAAGACUACAGACUCUUGACUUCAGAGCAAUGUCUACAAAACCAAUCAAGCUGGUGCUUUGUGGUGGAGGCAAUGCAGCUCAUGCCUGGGCUGGUAUAGCUUCAUCUCAACCAGACACUGAUGUAUGUGUUCUAUCCUUGUUCCAAGAUGAAGCAGAGAGGUGGUCUAACUCUCUCAAGGAACACGACUUCACUGUGAACCUGUACAGAAAAGGAGAGUACUACAAGAAGCUGAAAGCCAAACCAAGACUGGUUACUAAGAAACCAAAGGAGGCGAUUCCCGGAUGUGAUGUCAUUGCCUUCGUGUUGCCAGCCUUUGCACAUGAGCAGUACUUAAAUGCGAUCAAACCACACCUUGAACCAGGCAUGAUUCUUGUUGGUUUUCCUGGACAAUCUGGGUUUGAGUUUCAGGAACGAGCUAUUCUAGGAGAUAUUGCAAAGCAGAUUACUCUCAUUAACUUUGAAUCAUUACCAUGGGCAACAAGAAUUAUGGAAUUUGGUAAAGAUUGUGAAGUACUUGGUACUAAGGAUACCAUGAUGGGUUCUGUGCAGAUCGGGUCAGUUACUCCAAGAAGAGAUCCAUUCACAGUUGUCCAGAAGCUGAUUGGUGAAAAGCCAGCCCUAAUAACAAAAGGCCAUCCUCUUGCAGCCAAUCUUAUGUCUGUCAAUGCAUAUCUGCACACUAGUCUGACGUACAACGAGUGGUGCACUUGGGACGGUACCCCUCUUGACAAACAACCAUUGUUUUAUCAUGGUGUAACAGAGGGUGCUGCAGCAUUGUUAGGCAGCUUAUCAGAUGAAGUGGUUCAGAUAGCAAAAGCUAUCCAGGCUCAGAGCCCUGAUACUGAUAUGUCAGAGGUAAUUGACAUGCACACUUACUAUAAAGCCCGCUAUCCUGAUGACAUUGAAGACAAAACCUCUCUGCUAUCUUGUAUCAGAACCAAUGCAGCUUACAAGGGCUUGACACACCCAAUGAUGGAAACCAAGGAAGGGAAGUUUGUACCCAACUAUGCCAACUACCGUUUCCUGACUGAGGACAUACCAUUUGGGCUUGUGGUGAUCAGAGGGAUUGCAGAGGUAGUGGGUGUGGCCACACCAAAUAUUGAUAAAGUACUCACUUGGUGUCAGGAGCAGAUAAACAAGGGAUAUCUUGUGGAUGGGAAGAUCCAAGGAAAAGAUGUGAAGGAUACAAGAGCACCUCAGAGAUAUGGAUUCACUACUCUGAAGGACAUUAUUGGACACUAGUAGAUAAUGACAUGAACCAUUAAUGAUACUGGGUCAUUGUGGUUGAUUUUGAAAUGAGGAAAUCCUUAGGAUAUUUGGUAUUAAUUUGCCAUUUUAUAGAUAAUAUAUGACGAUUAUCAUUUAUAGAUGUAGAAAUACUUGUAUGGAACUUGCAUUUUGUUAUGGCCAUGCUGUUCUUAGAUGGUAUAUAAAGAGUAGUGAAUAAAAAUAUUAUUUUGGAUAA